GGUUCAUAAGGGGUCAGAGAAAAAAGUUUUUCCUUCUUUCUUUUUCUUUAUCUCCUUCAUAUUCUUACACUUCUUUUAUAUAUUAUGAAAAGAUUAUCAACUGCCUCUACACCCAAGAGUCAUCACCAUCAUCAUCAUCACCAUAGCCACCAUAACUCUAUCUCGUCAACCACUACGUCGUAUAGUACUGGUGAACGCUUGUUCCCAUUACAUCGAUCAGUGACUGAUGAUAAAUCCUACUCCAAUAACAGCUCGUUAUCACCCAUCACAAGAUUUGUCUGCAAGUUAUUAGGUUUAGCCGGGCCUUCAGCAAGACCUCGUCUUUGGCACAAGUCAAAAUCCACCACUUCCAUCACUAAAAGUUCAGUCAUAUCAUCAUACCAACCAACUAGUAAUUCAUCAGUAAUUACUUCAGAAACCACAACCGUUAGAAAACCAACCACCAUUACUAUCGUUACGCCUAUUGCACCUGGUACAUUAUCUCCAUCUAUGAUGGAAUGGGGUCGGGAUAGUCUACCCAAUGCUUUCCAUAACGAUCCGGAGGAUGAUGCAAGUUCGGUAUCCUCUACAACUUCUACAACGAGUAUAGUCUCAACUAUAAAUAGCUCUAUUUCUUCUUCUGUAAAUAAUUCAGCAGCUGUUGAUGCAUUAGUAAUUGCUAGUUUGAUACCAACAAAGGCUAAAACAACAAAUUUAGAAUUUGAUGAUAUGCCAAGCAUAAUUUUAGGAAACCGUAAACAGGAAUCAGAAGUUGUACUGACAGAAGAAAUCGCAGAACUGGUACGUCCUUACCUCCCAAGAAGAUAUCGUAUUGCCCAAAAAUGGAACUUGCUGUAUAGUUUGGAUCAACAUGGUGCUAGUCUUUUUACUUUAUACUCUUUGAUGAGAGACUAUGAUGGGCCAUGUAUGAUGAUUAUUAAAGAUGCAGAUGGACAGGUUUUUGGCUCUUACUUGAGUAACCCGCUGUCUUCCCAAAGCCACUAUUACGGAACCGGUGAAUGCUUCUUAUGGAAAUCAUCUUGUGCUUCUCCUAAAAUUAAAACCUAUCCUUGGACAGGAAAGAAUGAUUACAUGAUUCUGUCAGAUUCUGACUAUAUAGCCAUUGGCGGAGGUGAUGGAAAAUUCGGGCUUUGGUUGAAUUCCGAAUUAGAAAAAGGUUACAGCACUACAUGCCCCACUUUUGACAAUGAAUGUCUCACAUUUAAACCGGAAUUCGAGUGUAUGGAAAUGGAGAUUUGGGGAUUCUCCUUGUAAUUUUUUUCCUAGCUUUUGUAAAUAAUCCACCCAUAGCAUUAUUCCAAAAAAAAAACAAAAAACUAUUUAUUACUAUCUAUUCCCCCCUCCCUUUCCCCCUUCUACUCCACCGUGACUCAACAAAGUCUCGUGGCUUUAUUGAUUUUUGCACACUCAGAAAAACUUAUACAGCGAUUCGCGUUUAAAAUCAGGUUUUUUUAUUAUGAAUAAUCAAGAAUUUCUUAUGUAUUGCUAUUUUAUCUUUUAUAAAAUGAUUCAAAUCUUUUAAACUAUU